AUGGGCAACCUUCCAGGGGCCACACUCUCACAGCAGCUAUCAAUUGCCAACAAGGAUCUAAGCACCGCCCUUGUAAGUGUGAAAGAGGUAGGCAGUGAAGUGCCCAAGUUGCUCUGGAUAGAGAAGACGUACAGCACUAUACAGGGGCAUUGUGUGCUACGAGAAAAAUAUACUUACCAUUCACGCAUUCAGUGCACAUUUACUUUUGAAAACAACGUGAGGCUGAUCACUGUUGGACUAGAGGACAUCUAUGGGUGCCCUUACGACUUUGUUGAAGUGUUCGAUGGACAGCAAGCUGCUUCAGUCUCCAUGGGCAGAGUCUGUGCUGGGGCAGAGCUCACGUUCAUCUCCUCUUCAAAUUCCAUGACAGUGUUUUUUAAAAGUGAUGCCAUGAUCACCAACACGGGCUUCUAUGCCCUGUACAACACUGUUCAGCAAGAUGAAAGGCAGAGCGGCAUGGCUCUGCGACUGGUGAAUGGCAGUCACAGGUGUGAAGGCAGGGUAGAGAUCUCCUACAAUGGUACCUGGGGCACAGUGUGUGAUGACAGCUGGGACCUCACAGAUGCCAAGGUGGUAUGCCAGCAGCUCGGCUGUGGCGAGGCCAUGUUGGCCCCGGCUGAGAGCUACUUUGACAGAGGCACAGGUCAGAUCAUGUUGGAUGAUGUGCAGUGCAUGGGGGAUGAAGCCAAAGUGUGGCAAUGCACACACCACGGAUGGUUCUCCCACAACUGUGGGCACCAUGAAGAUGCCAGCGUGGUCUGCUCAGGCUCCGCUGGUGACGCCCUUACAGAUGAAAGUUUCCCUUGUGGUGGUUUACUCACGAAUAGUUCAGGCUCCUUCUCCAGUCCUUGGUAUCCUAAAAAGUAUCCCACCAAUGUUGUAUGUGCCUGGGACAUACAAGUGGAUAGCAGCGCCCACAUCCGACUCACCUUUGAAGUGGUCAAAAUAGAAAACUUCUACGGCUGUCCCUAUGACUUCAUUGAAAUCUUUGAUGGCCCACAAAGUGAAGCUUUUUCACUGGGGAGGUUCUGCUCAGAAACAACCCCAGUAUUUACCUCUUCAUCAAACCACAUGAGUGUGGUGUUCCACAGUGACGCAAUCGUCACCAACAUUGGGUUCUAUGCAUCUUAUGAGUCUCUGAUGCAAGAUGAGAAAGACACAGAUGUGGCUCUUAGACUAGCCAAUGGCAGCCACCCAUGCGAGGGCCGUGUGGAGCUGUACCACAACGGCAGCUGGGGCACGGUGUGUGACGACAGCUGGGACCUGCGCGAUGCCCAGGUGGUAUGCCGGCACCUGGGCUGUGGUGGGGCCGUGGCAGCUGUUGGGCGAGCACAUUUUGAGCGAGGCCUGGGCCCCAUUGCCCUGGAUGAUGUAGACUGCAUGGGGACAGAAGCCAGACUGUGGCAGUGUCCGCACCGUGGCUGGUUCGCUCACAACUGUGGCCACCAUGAGGAUGCUGGUGCCAUCUGCUCAGGUGAUCUGCGGCUGGUGAAUGGGACAAGCAAGUGUGAGGGCCGAGUCGAGGUCUACUAUGCCAACACCUGGGGCACCGUGUGUGAUGAUAACUGGUCCAUAGAGGAUGCCCACGUGGUCUGCAAACAGCUUGGGUGUGGCCUGGCCUUAUCUGCCCUCCCAGGGGCCAGCUUUGGCCCUGGGUCAGGCAGCAUCAUCCUUGAUGAUGUCAACUGCACGGGACAGGAGUCCUCCCUGUCACAGUGUCUUCAUGGCGACUGGCUCACCCACAACUGUGGGCACCAGGAAGAUGCCGGUGUCAUCUGCUCAGAUCUGCCGCUGUUGAGACUGGCCAAUGGGAGAAGCCGGUGUGAGGGCCGCGUGGAAGUCUACCACAAUGGCACCUGGGGGUCUGUGUGUGAUGAUCUCUGGGGCCUGCAGGCUGCUCAGGUGGUGUGUCAACAGCUGGGCUGUGGGGCGGCCCUGGCAGCCCCCAGGAGCAGUCUGUUUGGCGAUGGCUCUGGCCCCAUCUUCCUAGAUGAUGUGAGGUGUUUGGGUACCGAGACAAACCUGGGACACUGCCACCACCUCGGCCUGUCUGUGCACAACUGUGGGCAUCAUGAAGAUGCUGGGGCCAUCUGUUCAGCUGUUAAAGAUGCCUCCGCUUUGGCAGAAGUGACUCCUGCAGCAGACCUGCUCAUGAUCAGGUUGGUGGAUGGAAAGAACCUGUGUGAAGGACGUGUUGAAGUCUACCAUAAUGACACAUGGGGCACCGUGUGUGACGACCUCUGGGGCAUCAAGGCUGCCCAAGUGGUGUGCCGGCAGCUGGACUGCGGGGAGGGCAUCAGCACCCUGGGGAGUGGCCACUUUGGGGAAGGUGUGGGGAGCAUCCUCCUGGACGAUGUGCAGUGUCAGGGCAGCGAGCCCUCACUAGCUCAGUGUUACCACCUGGGCUUUUCUAUCCACAACUGUGGCCACCGUGAGGAUGCCGGUGUCAUUUGCUCAGACCUAGUUGAUGACAACUACACAGCUUACACAGUCAGGUGGCACACAUACAUUAACGUCCUUUAUGAAAGUGUGACGGCCCCGGUCCCUUCCCAUCUUGUUAGAAAGUGCUUCGUGGAGGCCACAGAUCCAGUUUUGAUGAAUGUGACUCCAAAACCUGACCUGCCGCUGCGCCUGGCGGGUGGCCGGAGCCGCUGCGAGGGCCGGCUGGAGGUGCGGCACCAAGGCGUGUGGGGCACCGUGUGCGACGACCGCUGGAGCAUCAAGAACGCCCGCGUGGUGUGCCGCGUCCUGCGCUGCGGCCGCGCGCUCAGCGCCCCGGGCCGAAGCCGCUUUGGGCCCGGGAUCGGUCCCAUCCUGCUGGACGAAGUGCGCUGCUCCGGCACCGAGGACUCGCUGGAGAGCUGUGCGCACGCGGGCUGGGCACAGCACAACUGCCACCACCAGGAGGACGCGGGUGUGGUCUGUGCAGGUCCAAUUGAUUCUCUUGUGCCCAAGGAAAAUGCUCGGCUCUCAUGCUUACCUCACCUCUUCCAAGCCGUUAUUGACCGAGGCUAUCUCCGGAGACUGGGCUACUCCUCCUGGGACAUCCACUUAAAUGAUAGGAUGUGUCGCCCUCAAGUCACUGGGCGUUACCUUAUCUUCAAUAUUCCCUAUGGCCACUGUGGCACUGUCAGGCAGGAGCACCACGGCUUGCUCAGCUACUCCAAUUCCAUCAGAGGCAGAACACAGGGCCACCCUGGUCAAGUCGUUGUGCGACACAAGGUGCCCCAGGUGAAGUUUACCUGCAAGGUAGAUGGCCAAUCUACAGUUGCAGCCGUGCAUGGGAGUGACACACAGAAGGAUGUCAGCUAUGAUGUGUCAAUUUCAUUCCUCCAGUCCCCUGUAUCCCAGAAUAUGGGGGGCAUGGUACCUUCCUAUGCUAGCCAGAGGGAAGAGGUCUUCCUCCAGGCCACCCUCCAGAGCCGUAAUCCCAGACUGAGGCUCAUUGUGGACACUUGUGUGGCUUCUCCAGAUCCCAGUGAUUUCACAACUGUCAAGUAUGAUUUGAUCCAGCAAGGAUGCAUCAAAGACAAUACAUACUCCAACCUCCAUCCCUCUGAGAAGAACGUGGUCCAGUUCAAGUUCAAUGCGUUCAGCUUCCUCAAAAGCUAUGAUGUGGUCUAUCUGCAGUGUAAGAUCGCUGUGUGCCGAGCUGGGGACUCCUCUUCUCGCUGUUCCCAGGGCUGUACAGAGCGGAGUAGGAGGGGUACGGGCCCCACGGAUGUCCAGGAAGAACAAACUGCAUAUUUCCAAAGAGUGGGGCCACUGAAGAUCCGCAGAGCCGCUGAUCUGAAUGAGACCCUUGUGUGA